UUGCGUACGAUAUACCGUAUUCAUCGCGUCUUGUCUGGUUGUGUGUUGCAAUCCAUAGAGAGGAACGGGCCGGCGAACCGAAAAGAAAACCAGACGAAGACAAGAAAACGGCUGAGCCUUCUGUAGGCGAGGACGAAUCCGACCACGACGACGACUACGACCACGAUAUGGGUAGGUAG